AUGAACAGAUAUCCAGGUGAUUUUGGUAAGUUUGCCAGAUCUGUACAAAGACAAUUGGCUCGUGCACAACAAUCAGGUGGUAAAUAUCCUUCCGGACAGCCUCCUCGUGGUGCCUUUGGGGCUUUAGGUGGUUUAUUUUUGUUGAUUGGUGGUGGAUUUUUGGCUAACGAAGCUCUUUUCAACGUUGAUGGUGGUCACCGUGCCAUUGUUUAUUCACGUAUCAACGGUGUUCAACCGAGAAUUUACCCAGAAGGUACUCAUUUUAUCAUUCCAUGGGUUGAAAACCCGGUCGUCUACGAUGUGCGUGCCAAGCCAAGAAAUGUAUCGUCAUUGACCGGUACUAAGGAUUUACAGAUGGUUAACAUCACCUGUAGAGUGCUAUCCAGACCUAACGUAGAGAAUUUACCAAUGAUUUACCGUACUCUCGGUGUUGAUUACGAUGAAAGAGUGCUUCCCAGUAUCGUGAAUGAAGUUUUGAAGGCGGUGGUUGCCCAAUUUAAUGCUUCUCAAUUGAUUACCCAAAGAGAACGUGUCUCUAGAUUGAUUAGGGAAAACUUGGUGCGUCGUGCUAAGCAUUUCAAUAUCAUGUUGGAUGAUGUCUCCAUCACUUACAUGACUUUCUCUCCGGAAUUCACAAACUCUGUUGAAGCCAAACAAAUUGCUCAACAAGACGCUCAAAAGGCUGCUUUCGUCGUGGAUAAGGCCACUCAAGAAAAGCAAGGUAUGAUCGUUAAGGCACAAGGUGAGGCCAAAUCUGCUGAAUUGAUUGGUGAAGCCAUCAAGAAAAGUAAAGAUUACGUGGAAUUGAAGAGAUUAGAUACUGCUAGAGAAAUUGCUUCUAUCUUAUCCAGAUCUCCAAACAAGGUUAUUCUAGAUAAUGAAGCUCUUCUAUUGAAUACAGUGACCGAUUCUAGAUCAAAGAACUAG